AUACUGCAUGUGGUCAGUGCAUGCAACAGUUCAGCCAAUGCAACACUAUCUGCCCCAUCAAAAUAUCUACCCAUCAUUUUCAACACGUGAUAUCUCCACCACCAUGACAGCCAUCGAGAAAGCGAUUGCGGCAAUCAAUUCGCAAGAUGCAGAAGGUCAACUCUCAUAUCGCGCAGUUGUAAAAAAGUUUGGUAUUGCAGUUACAACAUUAACGCGCCGGCACCAAAACAAAACCCAGUCGCGAACAGCAGCUGCAAAAAAACGUUAAUUACUCACUCCACCACAAGAAUCUGAGCUAGUAAAAUAUAUAGAAAAACUAUCAAAACGUAGGCUACCACCUUCUCGAUCUAUAGUCAAAAAUUAUAUAGCCGUUAUUGCAGAAUAGGAGCCCUCCGAUAGCUAGGUUACUCGUUUUUUGCACCGUCACCACGAUAACUUAUGUGUUACACGGGGUAUGGGUC